AUGGGAAAUGACGGAGGGUCCAUCCCCACUCGCCGGGAUCUGGUUAAAGACAAACAAAACGGCUUAACCACUUCCCAGCUCUUCGAUGCCACUCAGGACAAUGCCGAUUUUGACUGGAAAAACUGCCCCGUGAGCAAAAAGUCGCUCCAACAACCUAUCGUCAGCGACUACAAGGGCCGAUUGUACAACAAAGAUGCGGUUCUCGAGUGGCUACUGGACAAGGACGAGUCGUCUGUGGCUGCCCAAGUCAUCCCCCACAUCCAGAGUGUCAAAGACAUUGUUGAACUGCACUUUGAAACCUCCAAGGACGGAGAUUGGAUCUGCCCUUUGUCUCAACGGGAAGUCAAGGCUCUCACCUACCGGUUUGUCUACGUGGCAGAGUCAGGCUGGGUGUACUCGGAAUCCGCCAUCAAGGAGUUCAAAGAAUGUCCCCAGACAAGUGUCCCAUUUUCGGACAAGAACCUCGUACUUAUCAAUCCCAUCAGAGAAGAGGAUAAGCUGGCUGCCAAGGCGAGAUUGGAUAGGUUGACUGAAGAAGGACUUACACAUGGCCUUAGGAAGAUCAAGAAGGACAAGAAGGACAAGAAGGACAAGAAGAAGAAGGAAUACAAGGUGGUGAAGCCAUAA